AUGGUCGCCGAUCGCGAAAUUGGAGCAUCGACGCACACGAAAAAGUCCUCGAGAGUAUCAUCUCGGAAUAAACGAGCGUUUGGCGGAUUUGUCGUCGCCGCGCUCGCAUCCAUGACCGGGUACUUUUUAGCGACCAAAUGGAAGGAGUUUACGACGAGUUUUUCUGACGAUGAUGCAGCGGGGAACAGACGACAAAUAUUACUCGUGGGAGACUCGCUGACGCAACGAGGCUACGAUUCAAAGAAAGGAUGGGUGUCUAAACUCGCGUCUUCGUACGUCAGACGCGCGGAUGUUAUAAACAGAGGGUACUCCGGGUACAACACGAGAUGGGUUUUGGAUUUGAUGAAAAGGAAACCGAAAUUGUUUGUGAAAAAACCAACGCUGGUGGUUGUGUUUCUCGGCGCGAACGACGCCGCGGUGAAUCACAAGCGCGAAUACGCGGUUCCGCUCGAAGAAUACGUGAAGAAUAUGCGGGAGAUAUUGAAUUUGUAUAAGAACGUGCCGAGAAUUGUCAUCACGCCACCACCGAUUAUUGAAAAGGACCGGGUGCAACACGCGAUGGAGACGACGGCGUUCGAUACGCCGGAUCGACUUUAUCAACACACUGAGAAAUACGCGGUUGCGGCGGAAAAAGUGGCGAGAGAAAUGGGGGUAGGUGUGGCAGACGCGUUCGAUACGUUUGAAAAGUUAGGCGGUGGGGAUUUGAGCGCGUAUUUUUCGGACGGGUUGCAUUUUAGCGAAAAAGGCGAGGAGGUUGUGUACGCGUUAAUCGUAGAAACCAUAAAGCACACGUAUCCGUGGAUCGCCUCGGAAAAGUUAUCCUUAGACGCGCCGUUGCACGGAGAGUUAGCCGAAAGAAAUAUGUAA